AUGGCGGCGGCGGCGGGCGGCUCGGGGCAGGGCCCGGAGGCGGACGGGGGCAGCGAGGAGCUGGUGCUCACCCCGGCGCAGCUCAUCCGUAGCCUGGAGCAGGCUUGGCUGAAUGAGAAGUUUGCCCCGGAGCUGCUGGAGGGCAAACCUGAGAUCGUUGAGUGCGUUGUGGAGCAGCUGGACCACAUGGAGUCAAACCUGAAACGGGCAAAGGCAGGAGACUUAAAGGUCAGCGUCCAUCGCAUGGAGAUUGAAAGGAUCCGUUACGUGCUCAGCAGCUACUUGCGAUGUAGGCUUGUGAAGAUAGAGAAGUUCUUUCCCCAUGUCCUGGAGAAAGAGAAGUCUCGAGCUGAAGGGGAGCCUUCCAUUCUAUCCCCAGAGGAGUUUGCCUUUGCUAAAGAGUACAUGGCAAACACAGAGACUUACCUAAAAAAUGUGGCCCUAAAACACAUGCCACCUAACCUGCAGAAAGUGUCCCUCUUAAAAUCAGUCCCAAAGCCCAACCUGGAUUCCUUCGUCUUCUUGAGGGUGCUGGAGAGGCAGGAGAACAUCCUGGUUGAGCCGGAGACUGAUGAGCAGAGGGAGUACACCAUCGAUCUGGAGGAGGGCUCACAACAUCUGAUCCGCUACAAGACCAUUGCCCCUCUGGUGGCCUCGGGAGCAGUGCAGCUCAUCUGAGCGGCGGCGGUAGGUGCUGAGCCAGGUAUCUGAGAUUUGCCUGCAGAGUAGGCCUGGAUUUGGAAGGAGUGUCUACAGGAGCCUUGGGCAUCUGUGUUUUCUCUGAGAUUGCAAAUGGUGCAAUCAUGAUGGAAGCUCUGGAAAUAUCAGACAGUGUUUGAACGUUUGUCAUAAACCUAUUUAACCAGAGCAA